GCGGGGCCGCGCGCUCCCGCCCUCGCAAGUUGCCGCGCCGGGCGCUGCGCUCCGGCACCGGCACCGGCACCGGCACCGGCUCCGGCACCGGCUCGGGCUCCGGCGGCGCGGCAGGCAGGCAGGCAGGCAGGGAGGGGCGCGCGCCGCCCCGCUCAGCGGCGGCCCCGCGGCUCGGCCCCCCUUUGCGGUGCGAGAGGCGUGCAGCACCGGGCCCUGCGAUGCCGUUUGGCUGCGUGACGCUGGGAGACAAGAAAGACUAUAACCAGCCGUCUGAGGUGACCGACAGAUAUGACCUGGGCCAGGUCAUCAAAACGGAGGAGUUCUGCGAGAUCUUCCGGGCCAAGGAGAAGACGACGGGGAAGCUGUACACCUGCAAGAAGUUCCUGAAGCGGGACGGGCGGAAGGUGCGGAAGGCGGCCAAGAACGAGAUCAUCAUCUUGAAAAUGGUGAAGCACCCCAACAUCCUGCAGCUGGUGGAUGUGUAUAUCACCCGCAAAGAGUACUUCAUCUUCCUGGAGCUGGCCACGGGCCGGGAGGUCUUCGACUGGAUCCUGGACCAGGGCUACUACUCCGAGAGGGACACCAGCAACGUCAUCCGGCAGGUGCUGGAGGCCGUCGCCUACCUGCACUCGCUCAAGAUCGUGCACAGGAACCUCAAGCUGGAGAACCUCGUUUAUUAUAACCGCCUGAAGAACUCCAAGAUCGUCAUCAGCGACUUCCACUUGGCCAAGCUGGAGAACGGCCUCAUCAAGGAGCCCUGCGGCACCCCGGAGUACCUGGCUCCCGAGGUGGUGGGGCGCCAGCGGUACGGGCGGCCCGUGGACUGCUGGGCCAUCGGCGUCAUCAUGUACAUCCUCCUCUCGGGGAACCCCCCCUUCUACGAGGAGGCGGACGAGGACGACUACGAGAACCACGACAAGAACCUCUUCCGCAAAAUCCUGGCCGGCGACUACGAGUUUGACCCGCCUUACUGGGACGACAUCUCGCAGGCGGCCAAGGAGCUGGUGACGCGUCUGAUGGAGGUGGAGCAGGACCAGAGGAUCACGGCGGAGGAGGCCAUCUCCCACGAGUGGAUCUCCGGCAACGCCGCCUCCGACAAGAACAUCAAGGACGGCGUCUGCGCCCAGAUUGAGAAGAACUUCGCCAGGGCCAAGUGGAAGAAAGCCGUGCGAGUGACCACGCUCAUGAAACGCCUGCGGGCGCCGGAGCAGACGGAGGCGGCGCCGGCUGCCGCCGCCGCUGCCGCCACCACCACCACCACGGACACUGCGGCCCCCGCGGCCCCCGCCACGCCGCCCGCCGCCACGCCGGCCCCCGGCACGCCGCCCGCCGCCACGUGUAACGGGGCCGGGGCCGCCGCCGAGGCCCGCAGCGACGAGACCGGCUGAGCGCCGCGCCAUGUCCCCCCCGGCCCCCGCGCUCCCCGUGUGUACAUAGGCCCUGGCAUGGUCCCCCGCUCCCUGCCUGCCUCCCCCCCGCCUCGGCCCCCUUUUCUACGUGCCCCGGCCCCCUGCACCCCCCUCCCCCGCCGGCCGGCCCCCAGGCAGAGCCCCUUGCAUGGAGCCCACCCUCCCCCCGCUGCUCUCCCCUCCGUCCCCGCCGGUGGCUUUGGCGGCUCGGCCGCGGGCCGGCGGCCCCCCUCGCCCGCUCUCUCAGUCUGUCCCUCACUUGCCAGCCCCUGCGCCGGCCUCGCGCGCGGCCCCCGCUCCCGCCAACGGGGCCACUGGGUCGAGGACGGAGGCACAGCCGGGCUGGGGCGGCCAUGUCGGGGGCUGCCCGGGGGGGGCCCGAGCGGCUCCGGGGCCCCUGCACGGGCAGAGCAUGUUGCAUCCCCGGCUUAUUCCUGGUGGGGUUCUCCUGGGCGGGGGGGGGCGUUGCAUGGGGUGCUGCGGUGGCAGGCGUGGGGCAGCAGCCGGGCCCCACGCGGGUUUACCCCCUCCCAAAGCGGCCCAGGGCCCAGUGCGGUGCCUGGGCUCGAGCUGCCUCUCCCCCUCCCCGCCGUGCCCCCGCUCCCCCCCUCGCAGCUGCAUGUUUGCGGGGCUGAGUUUGGCUGAGGCCGGCCCCGCGGCCGCCGGCCCCCCUGCGUGACUGCCGCGCUGUAUCUCUGGCAAAUAAAGACCCCGCUGAGGACAAACUGAGAAAGCA